CGCCGGGAGUCGCGCGCGGGAGGCCGCGCUGGAGGGCUGAUUCAGCGGGCACAGCGGGCGGCAGGACGUCGCUGAAGGUCUGGGCCAGGGCAGGUCUGACUUCAGGGGGUCCCAGCGAACCUCAUGUGGCCUCUGGCCCCCAGAGAACACGGAAAAUGGAAUGGUGAAGCGGGAAAGGAAUAUUCAGUGUAACCGCACUGGGAAGGCAAAGGGGCUGGCGUCCUCAUCCCUGCCCUUGAGGGUACUUCGAGGCGUGAGCUUCAGGGCCAUCAUGAGGAAGCCACGAGUGGCCGUGGCAGGUGGCCGCAGGAAGCGGGCAGCCAGCCAGGAGGGGGGGGAGCGAUGUCCCCGCAGUGGCAGCCGUGCCAAGCCGCCGCCCGCUGACGGCCUAGCUGCACAGCAGGAGGAGGCGGUAUUGCAGGCCCCCGUGUGCCCCUACCAUCUGUUCCGAGACGCAGCGGAAGUCACAGCCUUCCGGGGGAGCCUGCUGAGCUGGUACGACCGGGAGAAGCGGGACCUGCCUUGGAGAAGACGAGCAGAGGAUGAGGUGGACCUGGACAAGCGGGCAUACGCUGUGUGGGUGUCAGAGGUUAUGCUGCAGCAGACCCAGGUUGCCACAGUGAUCAACUACUAUACCCGAUGGAUGCAGAAGUGGCCAACGCUGCAGGACCUGGCCAGUGCUUCCCUGGAGGAGGUGAACCAGCUCUGGGCUGGCCUGGGCUACUAUUCUCGCGGCCGUCGGCUGCAAGAGGGAGCUCAAAAGGUGGUAGGAGAGCUAGGGGGCCAUAUGCCACGUACAGCAGAGGCCUUGCAGAAGCUCCUGCCCGGUGUGGGGCGGUACACAGCCGGGGCCAUCGCAUCUAUUGCCUUUGGCCAGGCAACAGCUGUGGUGGAUGGGAAUGUCGUACGGGUGCUGUGCCGUGUCCGGGCCAUUGGUGCCGAUCCCAGCAGCACCCUUGUCUCUCAGCAGCUCUGGAGCCUAGCCCAGCAGCUAGUGGACCCAGCCCGGCCAGGAGACUUCAAUCAAGCAGCCAUGGAACUGGGGGCCACAGUGUGUACCCCACAGCGCCCUCUCUGUAGCAGCUGCCCUGUGCAGAGCCUGUGCCGGGCGCACCAGAGGGUGACUCGAGAGCCGCUCUCAGCCUCACGGAGCCUGCCAGGUGGUCCUGACGUGGAGGAGUGUGCUCCCAACACUGGACAGUGCCAGCUGUGCCUGCCCCACACAGAACCCUGGAACUGUACCCUGGGAGUGGCCAACUUUCCCCGAAAGCCCAGCCGGAGGCCCCCCAGGGAGGAGCACUCUGCCACCUGUGUUCUGGAACAGCCCAGAGCCACUGGGGGUGCCCGCGUGCUGCUGGUGCAGAGGCCCCACUCAGGCCUGCUGGCAGGACUAUGGGAAUUCCCAGCGGUGACCGUGGCACCCUCAGGACAGCAUCCCAGCGAGGCUCUGCUGCAGGAACUGCGGAAGUGGGCCGGGCCCCUCCCAGCCACCCGCCUGCAGCACCUCGGGGAGGUGGUGCACACCUUCUCGCACAUCAAGCUCACUUACCAAGUGUUCGGCCUGGCCCUGGAGGGGCAGACCCCGGGCACCACCGCACCACCUGGCGCCCGCUGGCUGACGCGCGAAGAAUUUCACACUGCAGCUGUCUCCACUGCCAUGAAAAAGGUGUUCCGAGUGUAUGAGGCGCAUCGGCCGGGGGCCUGCAGGAGUUCCAGAAGUUCCCAGGUGUCUACUCCGUCCAGCUGGAAGAAGCCCAGCCGGGGCCAGCAAGUCCUGGAUAAUUACUUCCAGCCUCUCAGCUCGCACGCAGCCCAGUGAUGCCUCUGGAAUCCUAUUGAGCUCUACCUCUGAGAAUCCUGUAGUUUAAUAAAGUGCUUAUUUUUUAGUCA